AUGGAUGACUAUGAUGAAGUUUCAAAUUCAUCUACUUAAAACAGUGACACUUAAAGAGAGGAACUUUUGAAAUAACACGCAUUAGAUAAAAAGAAAAUAAAGCUCUUGAAGAAGGCUUUAAAAGAGGAGAUAGCUUAAAGAUAGAAAUAUGAAGCUGAUCUAGAAAAAGCUACAACUAAAAUAAUCUAAAUGAGUAAAAACCUUGAAGAAAAAGAGGAUAAGUAUCUAAAGCUCUACUAAGAAAAUGUUACAAUGAAUGAAAAAUUAUCAGAGUUUUCAUCUAAUAUAACUUCAAAGAAUUUCAUUGCCUAAUAUAGAGAGUCUAAAGAAAUUAUAAGUGCUAUGGAGAAAUAGCUGGAUGACAGUGGUCUAGUCCAUAAGGAACUUAUAUACAACAAGGAAGAGAUUAUAAAAGAUCUUGAACGUUAGAUUAGUCAAUAGGAGAAUUAUAUUAAGAAUUUAAAGAGGGAAAUAGAAAAUGCAAGCCAAUCAGAAAAUUAAGUCAAUGAUAAGAUUCUAAGUUUGGAAUAAAUUAUUGAUGAAAAGGACUAAAUGAUUGAGGAGUAUAGACUGUAAAUAUGGUAGUUGAAGGAGGACUAAAUGAACAAAGAGCAAGUAAUUGAAGCACUAAGUAAUAGUCUGGGCAAUAAGGGAGAAGAAGCAGCAUAAUUAGCAUAAAAACUAGCUGUGAUAAAGAAUCAGUUAAUAGAUGCUGGCACAUUUGACCAAAGGUAUAUUGUUCAGAAAAGGACUAAAUUCGGGGUUACAGAUAGAUAUAUUUAAUUCCUGCGAGAUACUGAAGAAGAGGGAGAAUUCUUUUUGCAAAUAACUAGGAAAGAUGGUUCAAAGAGAAAACGCAUCCCAGUUCUCUUGAUAGAGUAGAUAGAAAACAUAGACGGGGUUAAUUUUAACAUGAUUGUCUUAGAAAUCUAGAAUAAAAAUGACAAUCGUUUUAAGAAUGGCAAGAGCAAUAGAAUGAGUGGUAUGUUUAACCCAACUAAAUGGGUCAAGAUGCCAUUCGUGAAGUCAAUCAGAGGUAAGCAAGUAUACAUACUGCACUUUGAAAGUGAACAUCUAAAUUCUAUUAUUGAGUCAUUUAAGAAGGUCAGACUACUGGCUUUGGAGAAAGUAUAAGAAUAAGCUGAGAUGGUGGAUGAGUUAAUGAAGCAAGCUGAAUCUCAAUAUGAAAUAGUGCAUUUUGACUGA